UUUGACGGAAAAAGUUUCCCGGAGGACAAAUUCCUUUGGUUGGUACUGAAGAGCAAGCGGGAGGUUUCCCUCCUGCCUAAUUUAUGACUGGGUGUUAAUUAGGUGUCAAAACCGGCCCACCUGUGGGGAAGAGGUUUGACUAUCUGUCAGCCAUUUGCCAAGCUGAUCUGAGCCUUUGGAUCCUCGACCAGGAGAGUCACGACAGUUCCCCUCUGGUGGGUUCGACCUUGGAAGGAUUCUGCAAGUUGCAAACUGCCACAAAAAUGACUAUGGGAUGUCCUGGUUGCAGGAGCCUUUUGUUGUCAAAACAGGCCCAACUUCCCCCAUCUCCUCUCUUGUGGGGUCUGGCUAUCUGUCAGCCAUUUUCCAAGCUGAUCUGAGGCCUUGGAUCCUCAGCCAGGAGAGUCAUGACAAUAUGAAUAACUGUAAUAUUGUUCUAUUUCACUAUUUCUCUCUUUGUCUGUUGUCUCAAUCGUUGCACCAUAUGGCCUUCUACAGAAGAUUCAGCUGUUACCUGCAGACACCACACCAAGCUGUUGUCAGAUGAUUAUGGGAAACACAGGGGUUGACAUUGAGAUGGAGUUAAUCGGGGAUGAUGAGAGGAUAGCGUGGAGAGAUAUGCUACGAACAGAUGAAUACAUCACUGAAACCCAUUCAACUAGUGCUGUGUCGGGGGCAGGAGGUCCGGCUGUGAGCAGUCUGACUGGUUCUACAGAGCAGCAGCUGCGUUCUGUACGGACAGAGUUUGUGAAAAGAGUGUCAAGACCUGUCCUGAAUGGACUGCUGGACGGACUCCUGCAACACACAGUCAUCAACCAGGAGGACAUGGAGUCAGUGAAGGUGAUCGCUGAGAGGGCAGAGAAGGCACGUGACAUCAUCGACAUGGUGUUGAGAAAAGGAACUGAGUCGUGUUCCAGGAUGAUCAACCUUCUUGGGGAGCUGGACCCCUGUCUUUGUUCACAGCUUCAGAUCAACAGUGUUGGGGUACCAACCUAAUUGUAGAAUGGAUAGUAACAGUGUUGGGGUACUAUCCUAAUGGUAGAAUGGAUAGUAACAGUGUUGGGGUACCAACCUAAUGGUAGAAUGGAUAGUAACAGUGUUGGGGUACCAACCUAAUGGUAGAAUGGAUAGUAACAGUGUUGGGGUACCAACCUAAUGGUAGAAUGGAUAGUAACAGUGUUGGGGUCCCAACCUAAUGGUAGAAUGGACAGUAACAGUGUUGGGGUACCAACCUAAUGGUAGAAUGGAUAGUAACAGUGUUGGGGUACCAACCUAAUGGUAGAAUGGAUAGUAACAGUGUUGGGGUACCAACCUAAUGGUAGAAUGGAUAGUAACAGUGUUGGGGUACCAACCUAAUGCUAGAAUGGAUAGCAACAGUGUUGGGGUACCAACCUAAUGGUAGAAUGGAUAGUAACAGUGUUGGGGUACCAUCCUAAUGGUAGAAUGGAUAGUAACAGUGUUAGGGUACCAACCUAAUGGUAGAAUAGAUAGUAACAGUGUUGGGGUACCAACCUAAUGGUAGAAUAAAAUGUUGGGGUACCAUCCUAAUGGUAGAAUGGAUAGUAACAGUGUUGGGGUACCAACCUAAUGGUAGAAUGGAUAGAAACGGUGUUGGGGUACCAACCUAAUGGUAGAAUAAAAUGUUGGGGUACCAUCCUAAUGGUAGAAUGGAUAGUAACAGUGUUGGGGUACCAACCUAAUGGUAGAAUGGAUAGUAACAGUGUUGGGGUACCAACCUAAUGGUAGAAUGGAUAGUAACAGUGUUGGGGUACCAACCUAAUGGUAGAAUGGAUAGUAACAGUGUUGGGGUACCAACCUAAUGGUAGAAUGGAUACUAACAGUGUUGGGGUACCAACCUAAUGGUAGAAUGGAUAGUAACAGUGUUGGGGUACCAACCUAAUGGUAGAAUGGAUAGUAACAGUGUUGGGGUACCAACCUAAUGGUAGAAUGGAUAGUAACAGUGUUGGGGUACCAACCUAAUGGUAGAAUGGAUAGUAACAGUGUUGGGGUACCAACCUAAUGGUAGAAUGGAUAGUAACAGUGUUGGGGUACCAACCUAAUGGUAGAAUGGAUAGUAACAGUGUUGGGGUACCAACUUAAUGGAUAGUAACAGUGUUGGGGUACCAACCUAAUGGUAGAAUGGAUAGUAACAGUGUUGGGGUACCAACCUAAUGGUAGAAUGGAUAGUAACAGUGUUGGGGUACCAACCUAAUGGUAGAAUGGAUAGUAACAGUGUUGGGGUACCAACUUAAUGGAUAGUAACAGUGUUGGGGUACCAACCUAAUGGUAGAAUGGAUAGUAACAGUGUUGGGGUACCAACCUAAUGGUAGAAUGGAUAGUAACAGUGUUGGGGUACCAACCUAAUGGUAGAAUGGAUAGUAACAGUGUUGGGGUACCAACCUAAUGGUAGAAUGAUAGUAACAGUGUUGGGGUACAAAAUACAUAAAUAACUGUACAAAUGUUAUGGAGACACAGUGUUUUGUAAAAACAUUGAAUAUAAGAAUAAUAAUUGGAAUCAUUUGGACCGGGGAGACCUGAUCCUAGAUCAGGACUCCUAUUCAACACUAUGGGGUGUAUUCACUAGGAAACAGACCUGAUCCUAGAUCAGGACUCCUAUUCAACACCAUGGGGUGUAUUCACUAGGAAACAGACCUGAUCCUAGAUCAGGACUCCUAUUCAACACCAUGGGGUGUAUUCACUAGGAAACAGACCUGAUCCUAGAUCAACCCUCCCAUUCAACACCAUGGGGUGUAUUCACUAGGAAACAGACCUGAUCCUAGAUCAACACUCCUAUUCAACACCAUGGGGUGUAUUCACUAGGAAACAGACCUGAUUCUAGAUCAACACUCCUAUUCAACACCAUGGGGUGUAUUCACUAGGAAACAGACCUGAUCCUAGAUCAGGACUCCUAUUCAACAUUUAGGAUUACACUGAAUGCUUUCCUCCUUAAAACAGGGUAGAGACCUACCUGAAUUUGUCCAAAAUAAACUAUUGUUUUGUUGCAAAACGUUGUGCUACGGUAGAUGACUAAUGAAUACACCCCUGAUCUGACUGAGAUGUAAAUCUUUGUCAACAAACAAAAAGAGUUUAUAGUUUUUUUUUACCUCUCCCCCUCUUCGGAGGACAAAUAUGUUGGUUUUAUUUCAGAUUUUUUGCUACAUAUACAUAUAUCCAAACAUAUACAUAUAUCCAUACACACACACAUUUCCAUGUGCCAUAUACAGUGGGGAAAACAAGUAUUUAAUACACUGCUGAUUUUGCAGGUUUUUCUACUUACAAAGCAUGUAGAGGUCUGUAAUUUUUAUCAUAGGUACACUUCAACUGUGAGAGACGGAAUCUAAAACAAAAAUCCAGAAAAUCACAUUGUAUGAUUUUUAAGUAAUUAAUUUGCAUUUUAUUGCAUGACAUAAGUGUUUGAUCACCUACCAACCAGUAAGAAUUCCAGCUCUCACAGACAUGUUAGUUUUUCUUUAAGAAGCCCUCCUGUUCUCCACUCAUUACCUGUAUUAACUGCACCUGUUUGAACUCGUUACCUGUAUAAAAGACACCUGUCCAAACACUCAAUCAAAAAGACUCCAACCUCUCCACAAUGGCCAAGACCAGAGAGUUGUGUAAGGACAUCAGGGAUAAAAUUGUAGACCUGCACACGGCUGGGAUGGGCUGCAGGACAAUAGGCAAGCAGCUUGGUGAGAAGGCAACAACUGUUGGCGCAAUUAUUAGAAAAUGGAAGAAGUUCAAGAUGACGGUCAAUCACCCUCGGUCUGGGGCUCCAUGCAAGAUCUCACCUCGUGGGGCAUCAAUGAUCAUGAGGAAGGUGAGGGAUCAGCCCAGAACUACACGGCAGGACCUGGUCAAUGACCUGAAGAGAGCUGGGACCAGCUCAUUAUAUAUAUUCAUUAUAUAAAUAGGCACGUUUAAUUUUGUCUGGCUUAGCAUUCCAAAUAAAAU